CGCUGACACGCCGAAGCUUACAAACUGCUACCAAAAUUGCUUUCUGGCUGAGACUACACGCAAUUUUCCACGCAAGAUGUUGGCGCAUCGAUUCCGUGCAUCGAAUCGUAUUUGUCGAAUGAAUUUUCGUCCUUCGUCCGUAGAAUGGCGUGUUGAAUGAAAUGGGGAGGGCUGGGCAGUGGCACCGGCGCCGAUAGAAGCAUAAGAGUGCGCAGUAUCUCCCCCAGAAUGUGCUGUUCAUAAAUACACCGAGCAGUUUCCUAGAGUGUAUACACCGAGCAGUUUUUUUCAGACACCUCCUCCUGCUUUCACCUCUCUUCUCCAUUAGUCUGACUUCACAACAUCAACACUCUCACGACACCUUCAUCAUGGCCGAACAGCGCAACAUCGUCGUUCUCGGCGCAUCUGCUGCAGGACUUCAGAGCGCUCACUACAUCAUGAAGCACAUCCUGCCAGCUCUCAAACAACAUACGAAAGAUGCCAAGUACCAUGUCUACCUCAUCAACCCCUCAUCCGAUUGGUGGUUCAGAGUCGCAUCACCUCGAGUCGCAGCUUCGACUACCCGUAUGGCCGCCGAGAAGAUCCUGUUCGACAUUCCUACCGGGCUGAAGCAAUACUCCCGAGACGACAUCACGUUCAUUGAAGGUGCAGCUACUAACCUCAGCGAGUCCAAGCGCGUAGUGUCCUACCGCCGUGCUGGCGCCUCGGACGAAGAAACGCUCCAGUAUCAUGCUUUGAUCGUUGCGACUGGCAGCAGGACCUACCACCAAGCCUUUUCCAUGAGCGGCGAUACCCAAACCACACUUAAUUCAAUCAAGCUCACCAACGAGAAGGUCAGCACAGCCAAGGACAUCGUCAUCGUAGGCGGCGGCCCCACGGCUGUCGAGUUUGCAGGCGAGGUCGCAGAGCACAAGAACGGCAAGCCAGGCUGGUUCAGCAGCAUCUCGAAGACAGCCAACAUCACCCUCAUCACCGCGGGCGACGCCCUGCUCCCCGCGCUGCGCCCCGCGAUUGGCAAAGCCGCAGAACAGAAACUCAACGCCCUGGGUGUGGAAGUGAUGUACAACCAGCGCGUCACCGACUCCCAAACCUCAGGCGACCGAACCAUCAUCACGCUCGCCAAAGGCGACAGACUCGAAGCAGACCUAUACGUGCCAGCCUACGGCGUGGAGCCCAACUCGUCCUUCCUGCCCGCGCACCUCCUCGACGCAAAGCAGUACCUCACCACGAACUCCAAGACGCUACGUGUCGACAUCGCCGGCCCGCGCGUCUACUCCAUCGGCGAUGUGGCUAGCUACUCGCGCAACAGCGCCGUCGACAUCAUAAACAGUCUUCCUGUGCUCUUUGUCAACCUUAAGCGCGAUCUGCUGUCCUACAACGCCCUGCUGCCCGAUGCGAAGCCGUCCGGCAAGGACCGUGAGCUCGUCCUAGAAACCAAGGAGAUGCAGAUCGUUCCUAUUGGCAGCGGUGGCGGUGUCGGUGCGGUCAUGGGGUGGAAAGUGCCGAGUUGGUUUGUGUGGGCGUUGAAGGGGAGGGAUUACAUGCUCUCGAUGAGUGGGGCGCCGACGGCGAAUGGAGCUAGUAUGAAGAAGGCGAUUCCGUGGACGAAGGAAGAGGCUGUUGUCUGAGGGGUCAGCACUAAGUGUGGGGGAGUGAGGAAUGAUGGGCGGCAAUUUCUUUGCGCGGAUACCAAGUCAGUUUCCUUUGUCGUUUCAUAGAUCGAGGGCUUCAAGACGUAACCUUUAAUAGUCAAUGGCCAGAAUUUCCUGUGUGUAACUAAAUGACUGUCA